AUGACAGAAUUACAAUCAAACUUCACCUUACAGAAUCGACCAACAAUGGAGAAGUUAAAUUUCAUAACAGUGCUAGAAUUUUUACUUGGAUGCUUGAUAACAGGAUUGAGCGCCAAAGAUAACUACACCAUCGUGCGUUUGGAGGCUACAGGAGCAUUAAAAGACCUGAUUUCUCCUAAUUUCCCUUCCAAUUAUCCCAUCUAUGAAAAGAUGUUGUAUAUCUUGACGGCGAAGGACUCACACAAUGGAAUAGCUAUCAAAUUUGCAUACUUCUUGAUGGAAACCAGUAAAAACUGUGAGGCAGAUAGUCUGAAGCUGUAUAAAGCUAAUUACGAAUUCAAAUUCCUGGAAAAAACAUACUGUGGUCACAAAAAGCCGAGCAACAUUUUUAUACCAGAAAAUAACGUAACGUUAGUCUUCACCACUAACGGACAUCAAGAAAAACGUGGAUUUAGACUUCAAUAUUAUGCACCACGUACAAAUCCUUUUCCAAAGAAAAACUCAAAAUCAAAAUCAAAAUCCAAUAAUGAUUCAAAUAUGGAUGGUAUACCAAUAGGCAUUGGAAUAGGCUUUGGAAUUUGUGCCUUUCUGACUUUCGUGCAUAUAUGUCACAAGAAACAAGUUGUUGAAGGGGCAAAAAAAAUGGCAGAGGAAAAGGAAAAAGCUGAAGCAAAAAAGAAAGCUGAGACAGAAGUAAAAAAGAAAGCUGAGACAGAAGCAAAACAGAAAGCCGAGACAGAAGCAAAAAAGAAGGCCGAGACAGAAGCAAAACAGAAAGAUGAGGCGAAGAAAAAAGAGGAAACUAAACAAAAAGCUGAAGAAACUAAAAAAGAAAACAAGAAACCCAAAUGCGAUGAGAGUCCGAAUGCUGAAACUGAUAGCAAGGCUUACCAGCCAGUGAACCAAUCGACUCAAACAUUGAUUCAGCCUUUACAUCCCGUCAACCAAUCAGCUUACGGUUCGUCCCAUCCUCUUAUACCUAUUGGUCAACCAACAAGAACUCAGCCACUACCACCGAUAAACGAAUCGCUACAUUCAAUAUCCCAACACUUUCCACCGAACGCUCUACAAUCACAAGCUCAGCCACUCUUUCAGCCGAUAGAAAUGUUGUACCCACCAAUACAAAGCGAACAAUCACAUCCAAUUCACCUUGUGCAGCCAGUGUCAAACAAUCCGUCUUUUACACGACAAUUGGUAGGGACAGAAGCAUCUGAUGGAACACGUAACUAUGGCUUUACGGAAGUGCAACCACCUUCAUAUGAGGGACUUUCUUUCAAUUACAAUAUUCCUGAAACUAAGCUUCUAUAAAAGAGUUAUUUGGCUUUUCCACUAUUCAAUGAUGAGUGUGAUGCACUUUAUGUGAUACAUAUAUCCGCCCUUAAACGUACAUGUAUUGUUAUUAUUUGUAAAUGUAAUCGAUAUACUGUGAUAUAAAGUAUUAAUGCCGAUAACCAGUUCUAAUUUGUUAUUUUUGUGUAAUUACAGAGUUUUAAUGGUGUUUGUAUCUAAAUGUUUCGAUGAACAGUCUAUAACACAUUAUUUAAUCAUUCAUUAUAUUACACUGAACGUUCCCAAAUAUAAUCGAAGAGAAAUUUCCAAAGAAUUUUGCAAGAUCCAAUAUCAAUUUUAUUUGAAUUUUGCUGUAUUGUUAUUUGUAUGUUUGUAUGAAUUGUAUUUUUCAAUUUUAUUAUAUUUAUAUGUAUUUGAUGUUCCACCUUUUCGAAUACACAAUAAAUUGUAAUCUUGUCCACAGGCCGUCCCAUUGUUACGUGUCAAAUUCCUUGGAAACUUGCUUUUGGUUGACCUCAUCAACCCUAACCACAAUGUUCAAUACCUUGGGUGUAUUUUUAAGAGCUUCCAGGUCAAAGAUGUUGAACAGUGGUUCAAUUAGAGUUGUCAUUAUUAUAUGUGCUCGAAUGUGUCCAUUCACUCCAGUAGAAGCUGACAAACCAAGAAGAGGAAGAAAAACAUUGAAUACUUCGUUGUUUUUUUUAGUUCGCUGACCCAUUUGAACAAUAUUUGCUGGAAGUCAUACAAAUGAAUUUAACAAAGCCGUCGGAUAAAAUCUACUGUCAGUAGGUAGUAGAGAGUACUUGUAUUUAGCAUCGUUUGGUUUUUGUGAAACAAUGUUU